GCGUGAACGUGUGUACACAUUCAUGCCUCAGGUGUGAUCAACCAUUUACGCACAAUUGUAAAUGUAAUCACACCUGUGUUAGUGGUAUGGUAUACAUCACGGAAACGUAAUAAUUCCGUGUUCGGGAGUAGUAACCUGUUGGUGUUCAGAAGAAAGGCGUGGACUUCAGUUCUGGAGUACGCCAACAUACAAGUAGGAUGACAUUUGCACCAUGAAUGGAUGCUCCAGUGUACAAGAGAACUAUGGAGUGCUAUCGGAUGCCCGGUUUCCAACAAGUCUAAAAUGAAUGAUUUCGAGCAGCGAGCCUGUUUGGUACAGAAACCUGUUGAAAAUUGCAUGGGGUGAAAGAUUAGAGAAAGGUUCAACAUCUCACCGAACAACCCAGCCUGGUUUAUAUCUGGACAGCGUAUAUUUACUGUGUAUAUAUAAACUUAACAUUCGGUGACUUUAUUUUAACAAUGAGUGAUCAUUUGGAUAUCCAAAAGCCGCUGAACGACCAUGGAAAUGGCCUGGAGAAUGGAAAGAAUCCUGCUUCCAAGAAGACCAGUAGCCAGACUGUGGGGGAAUUCGUGCCUCCUGAUGGAGGGUGGGGAUGGGUGGUGUGCUUCACAUCCAUGCUCACCAAUGGCACAGUGUUCGGAGUCAUCAAUACAUUCGGAAUAAUAUAUGUGGUGAUGCUGGAUGAAUAUGCCAACGGUGACCCAAAUAUUUCCCUGAAAACAUCCUUUGUUGGUUCUGUGUGUACGGGUGUGACAUUUUUGAUGUGCAUUGUAUCCAGUAUUUUGAGCGACAGAGUCGGGAUCCGACCCGUUGCUGUGACGGGUGCAGUGUUGGGAAUGUUGGGUCUAAUAAUCAGCGCCUUUGUGAAAGAACUAGAGAUUCUUUAUUUAAGCUACGGAGUAUGUCUUGGCGUUGGUGCGGCCUUCUCAUAUUCCCCAUCUCUUGUGAUUCUCGGACAUUACUUCAAAAAACACAUGGGACUUGUGAACGGAAUGGUGGCAUUUGGUAGUGCCCUAUUUACCAUAGCUUUGUCAUUAGGACUUCCGAAGAUGUUAGAAGUAUUAAAAAUCAAAUAUACUUUUCUUGUUCUCGCAGGAUUAUACUUCAUUCUCAUCCUCGGUGCUUUGACCUGGAAACCUUUAAUACAGAAAGAAAAUCUUGCAGCAAUGGCGUUGUCGACAGAGAGCGUGUACGAACAUUGCAAUGAUUGUUGCUCAUGGACAAAAACGUUUUUAAAUGUUCGGAUAUUCCGGAACAGAGCUUACGUUGUGUGGUGCCUUUCUCUUGGUGUCGCACUUAUUGGCUACUUUGUUCCUUUUGUACAUUUGGUAAAACAUACAAGGGAUGUAUUUCCCGAGUCGAAUGGAAACCUGCUGAUAACUUUCUUGCAGAUUACGUCAGGAGUUGGACGGCUGGUUUUUGGCAAAGUUGCUGACCUGCCCUAUGUCAAUCGCAUUUACCUUCAACAGGCGUCUUUUUUUGUCAUGGGUGUGGUAACAGUAUGUAUACCGCUAUCCGGUAGCUACGGAGGACUUGUUGCCAUAAGCCUAGUAUUCGGGCUUUGUGACGGAAUUUUCGUUUGCUUGCUCGGGCCGAUUGCCUUUGACAUCGUUGGACAUAGAGAAGCAUCUCAGGCAAUAGGCUUUUUACUAGGCGUCUUUGCGAUUCCUUUCGUAGUCGGACCGCCAACAGCUGGAAUUAUCUACGAUUCUAUGCACUCCUACGACCUUGCGUUCUAUAUUGCUGGAGGAACACCAAUUUUAGGGUCGCUAAUUAUGUUUCUUAUCCCCAAAGUUAAACAGAAUUACCCUGCUGUAACAGAAGUGGAGAACUUUGCAUCCAUUUCAAUGCUAGAUCUUCGCGGCAGAGUUUCGUCGAGAGUUGAAAUGGAGAGGUAUGAUGAUAUCAAUGCAAGGUCUGGACCAUCUGCAACUGAACUUCAGAUAGUUCGAGCAGAGGACAUCAUUUUUCAAAAUGGCCACAUCGAUCACUCACCUGGAGAUAUGGAUGUAACAUUAAAAGUUGAAAGGUCUGGAAGAGUGAAAAACAACUAUUCUGAGGAAGCAAACUUAUUGUCAGAUAAAGGAAAUAGUGCUAAUGAAAACGACUCGCACAUCGAAAGUAAUCCUCAAAACAACGAAAAGAAACCUAAGCAAGGAACCGAGGAGGAAUUCUCUGAAUUCAACGAUAAUGCAACGGAAACAAGAGAAAACGAUGACCGAUUUUUCAUUGAUUCACCUGAAGAAAGUUGUGAAGCUGAUACUCUGCUGCAAGAAGUCAACGAAUGCUUAAAAGAAAGACAUUCUCCGAUCUCAGAGGUUUAAAUGGACAGUAAUUCCCGAAAUUGUUAAGAAAAUUUUAAAUCUUGUUCUGUGUUACAUUUUAUUUUAAUGUUGACUCAAAUUCCGCAAGUAGGGACAAUUGUUACGCAUAUUUUAUGUCUGGUUAAACUUUUCUAGUGUAGAUUUUUACAGAAAGGGUUGCACAUCCUUUUAAUUACAUGUAUUGUAUGAACCGUAGAUAGGUGUUUUCAAUGGUAAUUUUUUAUCUAUAGGAUAACGAUGUCUCGUCCAUAAAUUUGCUGUUUAAAAAAAAUCAGGCGUUUUUAGUUUUUUGGUUAAAUAUAUCAAGAGAAUGUGGAAAUGCUGAAUAAAAUACAUAAUAAAGGCCGUAGGCCUGAGUUAUUACCUUUUGCAAUAUUUUCGAAUCCGACUGAUUUAUUCCGCCAAAUAUAUACCGAUAUAAGUUAAAUUCUCUUUUACUACUUCAGAACAGUUAUUAUUUUUGCACUUUUUCCUAUUUACAUAUUUCUCCUUUCGACUGUUACUAAGCACCUGCAAAAAAAGCGAUAUUAACAUAAUAUACCCAAAUUGCAACUCAAGUUAUCAAAUAAGAUUGUUGUAACAUGUAUACAUUACCUCAACUUUUUGCUGGGUUCCUCAUGAAAUUGGCAUGUAACAGCUUUAACAUUGUUUUCUACAUCUUGAAUGAUGGCUAUAGAAACAUAUAUGAAUUUUAAAACAUAUCAUGCAUAAUUCUUACUCAGAUAAACAUAUCAUUUAAGGUAUCAAAAAAAUUCAAAUACCAGUGAAAGUGCUGCCUUUUAAACCUGUAUACUGACCUCACAACUGAAGAUAUCGAUGUCAAUCUGAAACUUCAAUUUAAAUACUUACAUCGCGGAGUGCUUGAAAAUAAUAUAGUUGACAGUAUAUGUUAAAAAAAAUAUCGAUCCGGAAUCAGCUUUGUUGCACCUCCAAAAUGCCUUGCAUAUAUGUUUACACGGGAGAGGGGUUAUUUUAUAUAUUUUAAUUACGCGCGUAUGCUUACCAAGUGAAACUGCAAUCACCAAAUUUAAACUUGGUAGAAUAAUUUACUACAUGCUUUAUGAUAAACUUUUUUUUCCUAUUUUCGUUAUAAAAAUGUCUUUUUUAAUUUUGAUUUCCGAUUUUGAUUCUGUUAUUGAUCACCUCAUCUCUUAAUUAUAACUUCAAAUUAAUCUUAAUUAUUCAAUCGUUUGCUUUCAGUGGUUUUUAUGAGAUUUUCACUUAACAUGAAAUUAGUUUCGCUUUCGUCAAAAAGUUAUUUUGAUGUUUCCUGUUCCCGUUGCCGUUGUUUUUAUCCACCUAAAGUACUGAUAUUUUACUGAUGCUACCCUACGGUCAUUGUAUUCGGGUUUUUUCACAAUGGCAGCAGAUUAAAAUCGGACUGUUUUUCGUUGUCAAUAAAUUUAUCGAAUAUAACGUAUGAUUCUGUACAAAUAUUUAGAAAUGAGUAAAAAAAACAUGUUAUACUAGGUAAAAAUUGGCAGUAAAAGAAAUAGAAAACCACAUGACAUGUGUAGACCACUACUUGCACCAAAGUGAACAUUCUAUGGACAUCUGGCUUUAAAUGAACUUUAGGACAAACAUACGCUUUAUAUAGAGAGGGUUAUUUCAAAGUUUGAUAUUGUCAUCAUUUAAUAGAUUUAAAAGAAGAGAGCAAAUUUGUCCAUGUGCAUUAUUACAAAAAAAACACCACAACUUCAUAAGCAAUAUUAUUAUUUUAUUUGGGUUUUUCACAUUUGUUUUCUAUUUUGGCCUUGCAACUUUUGUUACGAGGUGAUACAUCCAUUUGAGCACGUGUAAAUUGAAAAGAUUGCAAAUAUCAGUGUUCGUAAACUUAAAAUAUAUACUUUUAACUGACAUCUUUGUUAAGAUAGAUAUUCUUUGUUAUUGCGUACACGAAAUAAAAUGACCGAAUUAAAAAUAACAACAUAUGAAAAACGUUAAUACAUUUGGAUGAAUUCUGCAAUUAUUUUUUUUGUAAAAAUUGCUAUACGAUACGAUUUCUGUUCGUUGAUACAAUUAUUACAUCUUUAUGUAUGAAAAAAUAUGGAGUCUCGAUCAAAUUUAUCAUGAUAGCAAUACUCAGUUAAAAACACAAAAACACGUCUCGUGAUCAACUAUUUGAAAGAGUAAUAAUGGCUUGUGUCUAUUUAACAAGUCCUAGUAAGUCGAAUUCGUUUUCUGUUUACCAAGUUUUCUAAUGCUGAUAAUAAUAAUAUUUAUUCAGAAAAAGGCAUUCACAACAAAACAGUUUCAUAUAAGUAGGUAAUUUACAAAGUUGAUAUCUAUAAUUUACGUAUAUCAUUACACCUUGGAUAGCCCAUCAAAUCAAUAGAAAGCUUAUUUCCAAUGGGGUCUCCAUUUCCAAUUGUAUAAUGGAAUGUACAACAUUGUUUCUUCACUUAACACCGUUAUCCUGGCAAUACGCUGGGCCAUAUAUUUUGGCAACUGAUAUAUUCGGAUUGUUGUGGGCGCACUGAUUGACCUAGUGUUAGUUGUGCUUAACAGUAGUGGCUCGUCUUUUUACUUGUUGUUGACAAUGUGUAGUAGAGAAGAUGUGUAUAUAUACAAAUUUAUACGCAGUGUUGCCUGAGCCGUUAUUAUGUUCAUUACACAGGGAGCGUUAUUGGUGAUUUGACUUACUUACUUUCUAGGUUUGUUGUGUCUUUCAUACAUUUUCAAGAUGUUUAAGAUUUAUUACUAGCUUGUGACGUCACAGUGACCUUUUCUUAGGUUUUUAUAUUGUGACAGAUUGUGCUAUUUAUUUAUAUCGUUAUGUAAACCAUAUAAUGAAUAAAGUCUCCAACAGUAUAUAUCCCCGUUUCAUCGGAAUUUCAUAAAAUUCGCUGAAGCUUGUUUCAUAAAAUACGUGCAAUAGCUCAAUUUAUAAGCUUUGUGUUGGUUAGCUUUCAUUUGUAAUUGUUGAUUUGUAAUCUAUUUGAUGAUAAACGUGAUAAUGGAUAUGAAAUCGAAGAAUUUGAAGGUCAUACAUCAUCAUCAUAUGGUGACUACACAUAUAAGGAAGUUUUAUAUGUAGGAAUGGGCUGACAUGUCCCGGCUUCCUUACUGAUUCACAUGGAGAUUACUUUACUGAUAGCCACGUGGCAGAAAGGAAUGUCUUUUCUAUUUGCUAAUACUUCAAAAUGAAAGUAAACUGGGCUUACGUAAAGAGAAGAAAUCAAUUGAUUACUUAAUCAAACUACUUCGCGUAGUGUUUGUGGAUAUUGUUAUGAAAUGGUGAGUGUUACAUGUGUUACAGCUGUGUAUGUGGUAAUUUAUCAAUGAUAGUUUAAUAAAACUAGGUUAAUCGUCUAUGCUAAAUACUUCAUAACGUUUUCCAUUUAAUAUAAAGUAAAAUCAGCAUUUAAGAGUCGCAACGUUGUGAACCUUGUAUUUCAUACAUCGCUCAUUGUGUACAUCUGACUUGAGGUUUAGUAAAUGGCAUUGCAAUAAUCUUUGUUCUUACCCUUUAAUUUUGCAAAUGUUUUAUGACGUAAGCAAAGACAAUGUCUGCAUAUUAAUGUUUUAUGAAUGUUAUCAAAAUGUGGUAAGUAAUGUUCUUCAUUUAUACUUUUACCCAGUAACUCGCUUUAAAUGUGUUAAACACGCCUUUAUUUACUCAGUUGGCCUGAAAAAACAAUGUGCUAUUACAUCAACAUCUCGUAUUUUACAAGUAAUAAAUUAGUGAUGUAUUAUUGUAUGUCCAUGGAGAUUAAAUCAUACUACUGAUUUGCUUCUCAAGAGCUUGUUCUAAAAAACAGGAUUUUCCAUAUGGAUGCGUCCUGUUGACCAGUUAUCUAUUUCGCACGGUUUUCCACCAAAAACAUUUUAUUCAUGCUGAAGUUAUUUUGCAGUCAUUAUUCUGACUAAAUUUUCAACUACACUGUACAGUUUCUUCCAUGGUCAUUUACAUGUAUACCGUGUUUGAGAUCGUUGCGUACCGACGUACUUUCCUGAAGUUGAAGACACCCUAACAUUUGAAGCGCUUAUCAUUCCAGAACAUAUUUGGUUUUACUUCCGAGUGUUUAUGGUAUUUCACUUUUGUUUCCUUAUUUGUAAUUGCUGUUGUUAGCAUCACAGGAAAGUGAACUUAGAUUGCAUAUUUCGUAUUUAGCAUUACUCAAUAACUAAAAGAUCAGAGAGUUCAAAUGUAUAUGGGUAGGAAAAGGGACCCACAAGGGGAAACGAGUAUACAGAUUUAAACGACUUCUUAAAAUCUCACUGGUUUAACGGGACUUAAUUUUGUAUGUAUGUUUAAAUUUACACGAAUGGGUCAAAUGAUUCAUCACUGGUCGUAGUAAUUACUUGUAACAAAUCUGUAAAAUGGAUGCAUGCUAUUGUGUUAUAUUGCAUUUGUUGUAUUAUUUUGAAAUUGUUGUUACAUUAUGUGAUUUUGUCGGAGUUGGCCUUAAUGUGCAGUAUACAUUACACAUGAUGUACAUGAGUGCUGUGUCAAAAUAUUUUUGUUGGACGUUCGAGUAAGAUGAAUGUAUGAUUCCCGAUUAAGUCCUCUUCAUAAAGCUGUAAUCUAACUUAUCCAAGACAUAUUUACUGCUUAUGUAUAUAGAAGCUCCUUAUAUUGCCCGCUGUUGUUUAAUGGUCGACCUAAUAAGUUAACUGCUACUGUUUAUAUUAUCAUAUUGCAAGUGUAAGUGUGCGUUUUUUAACUGUUACAGGGCUUUCCUUCAGAUUAACAAGAAUUUAUUAUAUUCGUGCUAUGUCAUUCAUGAGAAAUGUAAAAGAAUCCAGCGCUUGUCGAUUUAUUCAAAUUAAUAAACUGAACUAUUCCAGAAAUAUUUAUCAAACACUGUUGCCUGAACCUAUGAAUUCUAUUCUGACAGAUAUGUCUCUUACCCAUGAUUUUACAUGACAUUCGAGUUUAAGGAAUUUAUGGAUUUUCAGACUGCAAAUGUUCUAAAAAUAAAACGCUUGAAAGACCAAUCAACGUAUAAUAGAGCAAAACAGGAUUAAAUAUAUUCGAUGUAAAUGUAUUUUUUUCGGCGAAAUAGUAACCAUUUAGAAAUAUUAAGUAAAUUAUCUGUUCUACAUGUAUGUCAUUGCCUUUAUAUUCUCGAUCAAUGCCUGUGACACUAAUCAAGCCCUAGCAGAAAGCAUUGAACCAUUGGUCAUCACUACAGUUACAUUAACACCGUCAUGAGACCAUUACAAUUGUCACUUUCUAACAUGAUCAAAGAAGGUAGCCGAUUCAAUUUCAAUUCCGUGUACAUUUAUUAAUGAAGUUUGAUUUGUAUUCAAGAUGUUUACCAAAAGUGUUUUCGUAUGGUUAUACAAGUGAUAGCGUAGUUAGCAUUAAUUAAUUAUUUUAUAUUUGCAUAAAUUAACUUUGAUAUUAUGUAAAAAUAAAUGAAUUAAUGAAUUCCAUUGAUUCCUAAAUGUGUUGCCAACCCAAUUUUCAGCUGGCUUUUACUGAAGGUGUGUAUUGAUUUACGAUAGGGAACUUCGCUAAAGAUGUCGUCUUUUUAUAAGUACAUGUUUUUGUUUGGCCGCUUGUCUUCUGAUGAGUUAAAUUAUGUCAAUUUGAAUGUUUUGCGAAAUAAAUCAUUUCAGAAUAUAUACCAAAUAAGAGAAGUGCACAUCCCUUUUCUGAGAGAGUUAUUCAGUUAUAUUUGAUGAAUGGCAAUUUCGACUCAGAUUCGUUGACUACAAAGUUGAAAGGUUCAAAAGAAUGAAUUGUAAUGAUAACAAUCUGUUGAUCUGAAUAAUUAGUUAAUUCAAGUAUUUCUAAGGAAGAUAACUCUGAAUCAAAUGACUGGUAUCGGCUUUAAGCCAGCAGAUAACCUUGAUUGGAAUUAUUUUAAAUUCAGUUACAUUUAAUGUAAUAACUAAAAAGCUUAUUAUAGCUCAUCUGAUAGCUCUUUUUGUUUUCGUCAAAUCCUUUAAUGCGACGAAGGAUCCCGUUUACAUCUAUGAUUGUUUUGAUUGAAUCUAUAAUGCAGUAUUACACAUUUAAACAUUGAUAUCAAACUUUUACUUUUUACACAAACAAUGUACGUAUUAAACGUGUCGCAACGUUUC